UUUCCUACAUGAUCCGUUUCCAGCAAAGGCAUCAAAGAACACAACAGCAGAAAUGCUGCACCCCAUCACCUUUUGCCUACUCGUAUUGAUUUCUGUCCAUCCAUGGCCUGCAAUCUCCCGAUCAGUCAUCAGUUCCUUACCAGGCUUUCCUGGCCCACUCCCCUUCUAUCUAGAAACCGGGUAUGUGGGAGUGGGGGAAUCGAACGAAGACCAGCUCUUCUACUACUUUGUAGAGUCUGAGAACAACCCGAAAGAGGACCCACUUGUGGUGUGGAUCACAGGUGGGCCAGGUUGCUCUGCAUGGAGUGGCCUUACUUUUGAAAUAGGUCCAUUGUAUUACGAGAAUGAGGUCUACAACGGGAGCGUACCCACCAUGGGUUUUAGACAAGAUUCAUGGGCAAAGGUUGCCAGUAUCAUCUUCUUAGAUUCGCCGGUUUGGACCGGAUUUUCUUACUCAAGUGGCUCAAAAGAUGGAAAGAACGGGGAUAUAAGAUCAUCCAAGGAAGUUCAUGAGUUUCUGAAGAAGUGGUUGAAUGAUCACCCUCAAUUCCUUUCAAAUCCACUCUACGUCGGUGGCGAUUCCUACUCGGGCAUCACCGUUCCUAUCAUCGUUCAGGAAAUAUCAAAUGCUAUUGAAGCUGGGCAGGAGCCAAUCCUCAAUCUCAAGGGUUAUUUACUUGGGAACCCAGGAACAGAUCCCAAAUACGACGGAAGCUCAAGAGUACCGUUUCUACAUGGCGUGGGGAUCAUAUCUGACGAACUCUACGAGGCAACCAAGAAGAGUUGCAAAGGUGACUAUACAAACCCAACCAAUCCGCAGUGUGCAGAAGAUCUUCAAGCAGUAAACGAGUGCACGAUUGGACUAAAUACAGUCCACAUAUUGGAGCCCCUGUGUUUUUUUGCUUCCCCAAAGCCCAAAGUAAUGGAGAAGCGGAGGAGUUCUUUGGAGGAAGAUUCAAGGGUGUCCCACUACUUCCAAGCGCCCUUUCAAUCUUCUGAUUGCAGGUCAUAUGGUUAUUUGCUCUCCUACUACUGGGCUAACAAUGAACGUGUUCAAAAGGCUAUCCACAUCCGAAAGGCAUCAGUGAAGCAAUGGCAAAGGUGCAACUAUGGCAUAAAUUACGAGAAAGAUGUUCAUAGUAGCUUAAAAUACCAUCUCAAUCUAACAACAAAAGGUUACCGUGCUUUAAUAUAUAGUGGUGACCAUGACAUGUCUGUUCCACACAUCGGCACCCAAGCAUGGAUUAGAUCUUUAAAUUUCUCCAUUGUCGAUGAUUGGCGAUCAUGGUCUGUUGAUGGCCAAAUUGCGGGAUAUACAAGGACAUAUUCGAACAACUUGACAUUUGCGACCGUGAAGGGAGGUGGCCACACAGCUCCAGAGUACAAGCCUAAGGAAUGCCUUGCUAUGGUCCAGCGAUGGAUUUCCCAUAAUCGUUUAUAAUUAUCAUGCAUAAUGGAGCUCUAGAGUCUUCCAAGCUUCCAACCUUAGACCAUUGGUUUCUAUAUACUAUCUAGUCAAGAGAAGCUCAUAUUUGAGUCUUCUUACAAGAUUAAAAUGUACUGUUUAACAUCCAUGCAAAUCACUAUCCCUAGUUGUAAAGUCUUUUAUAGACAUCCACAUAUUUUAGAAAGCAAAAUAGGAAGAAAGAGAUGAUAAAUAAAAAACUUCUUUAACUAUAAAUAUAU